GAACCAUUCCGGAAGUGGAUCUUGGCGGUGCUGGUGUUUUUAUUAACGUGGUCUUAUUGAGCCAUGUGCAAUUAAAAUAAUAAUAAUAAUAAUAGUUAUUGUGUCUCUGGAGGAUUUAGAGUUUCUCCACGCUUUUAUUUGUUAGCUUUUGGUAUUUAGUAUCAAGCUAUAUCAUUAUUAGACCAUAGCUAACUAGCUUAGCAUAGCAUUCAGUAGAGCUGUGUUUCAGUAAAGGUAAAGUAAAGGAGGAGAGAAAAUAAAUAAUUGCAAAAAAUGCAGGAAAUAAUUGCCAACGUUGAUCAUAUAAAGUUUGACCUGGAGAUUGCUGUGGAGCAGCAGUUAGGGGCUCAGCCGCUGCCUUUUCCAGGAAUGGACAAAUCGGGCGCAGCCGUGUGUGAGUUCUUCAUGAAAUCUGCUUGUCUAAAAGGUGGAAUGUGUCCUUUCCGGCACAUCAGUGGAGAGAAGACGGUGGUCUGUAAGCAUUGGCUUCGCGGCCUAUGCAAGAAAGGAGACCAGUGUGAAUUUCUGCACGAGUAUGACAUGACCAAGAUGCCAGAGUGCUAUUUCUACUCCAAAUUUGGGGAAUGCAGUAAUAAAGAAUGUCCUUUCUUGCACAUCGACCCCGAAUCUAAGAUUAAAGACUGCCCGUGGUACGACCGAGGGUUUUGCAAGCACGGCCCGGAUUGCCGACAUAGACACACGAGGAGGGUCAUCUGUGUUAAUUAUCUAGUCGGCUUCUGUCCUGAGGGCAAGUCGUGCAAGUUCAUGCACCCACGCUUUGAGCUGCCUAUGGGGACAAAUGAACAGCCACCUCUGCCUCAGCAAGCCCAGACCCAGCAAAAGCAAAAUGCACAGAACUUAAACAGAUCGUCACUGUCACUGAUCCAGUUAACCAGCAACAACGCCAACCCCAAUACCAACCAUCAGAAACCUCAUAACAUUCUGGGAGCACCGCAGCCUCAGAGCAACACGGGCGGCUCUCGAGGUCCUCGUCCACUGGACCAGGUCACAUGUUACAAGUGUGGAGAAAAGGGACAUUAUGCAAACAAAUGCACAAAAGGACAUCUGGCUUUCCUAAGUGGACAGUAACGCUCUUCGGCACCACGUUAAUAAACUGCUGGAACUUCAUCUCAUAAAA